UAAAGGUCGGACUCCAUGCUUAUGUUUUGAUAGUUUAAAGAGUAAAGACAGGUUAAAAAAAUCCCUUUAGAUAGAAAUAAUUCUUCCAUGAUGGCGUCAUGGUUCAUGCUUUGCCUUGUGCUGCCCAUGCUUGUGACGCAAACUGAGUCAGUAAAAAACUACGCGUCGGCUUUGGGGAAAUCUAUUCUGUUCUACGCCGCACAAAGGUCAGGUAAACUCCCCGCUAACAACCCCAUCCCAUGGAGGGGAGACUCCGCCCUCCACGAUUGUGUGGUGGGGGGCUGGUACGACGCUGGGGACCACGUCAAAUUUGGCCUCCCCAUGGCAUACACGACCACCAUUUUACUGUGGUCCAUGUAUAAAUGGAAGGACAGCUAUGUCAAGGCCGGUCAGCUGACCCAGGCCUACGACAUGGUCAAGUGGCCACUGGACUAUUUCCUCAAGGCCUGGAACCCAACAGCUCACGAGUUUGUCUUCCAGGUGGGCGACGAGACUCUUGACCACAACUUCUGGGGACGUCCAGAGGACAUGACCAUGGCGAGACCUUGCAAGAAGGUGGACAUAGCACAUCCGGGAAGUGACAUAGCAGGAGGGACAGCCGCUGCCCUGGCUGUUGGGUCACUGGUGUUCAAGGACAAGGGAGAUACAGCCUACAGCACACAGCUGUUAACAGCCGCUGAGAGUUUGUACAAGUUUGCUAACGAUCAUAAGGGACUGUACCAGACCAACACCUACGGCUCUACCAGUUACAAGGACGAACUCUGUGAGGCUGGGGUUUGGCUCUACAGGGCCACGGGGAGAGCCCAGUACCUGAACGAGGCCAAGGCCAACGCUGAAUCUGGUUACAUCUGGGCCUAUCAGCUAGAGGAUAAAAGGCUCGCGUGCCACCAACUGCUUUAUGAAGAGACCCACGAUACCGUGCAGAGAAAUGGUGUAAUCGAUUACUUCAACGCCUGGUUCCCCGGGGGUAGCAUCAAGUACACACCAUGUGGCCUGGCCUGGGCUAUGAAGUGGGGCUCUCUCAGACUGGCCGCCAACUCCGCCUUCAUUGCCCUGUUAGCCGCCGAGGCUGGUAUAAACACAGACCGGUACCGCACCUGGGCAGUCGAGCAGAUCAACUACAUCCUGGGCGACAACCCUCAUGACGGCGGUUGCUAUAGUUACCAGAUCGGCUACGGCAGCAAGUACCCCCUCCGUCCCCACCAUCGGGCUGCCUCCUGUCCUAACAAGCCCGCACCCUGCGGAAAUGCCGAGGCUAACACAGCCGCGCCCAAUCCUCAUGUGUUGACGGGUGCUCUAGUAGGUGGCCCAGAGGAACAAGAUAAUUACGCUGACGUCAGGACCGACUACGUACUAAACGAGGUGGCGGUGGAUUACAAUUCGGGAUUCACUGGGGCCUUGGCUGGAAUUGUUCAUUUACAGAACACAAACCACAUGCCCACCACACACAACAAAUGUCCCUGUAACAACUAAACUAACAGCACAACUAAUCUUCGUGUAACAACUAGACCAGACAGACACAUACAGUGCGUGAAGCAAAUACAUCACACGCUCACUAAUGCACCCACACAAACAACAAACUCACCUCACACAAGAAAUGUCCAUAUAACAACGAUACCGGACACACACCACCAACACACACGUACAUGUAACCUCCACACAACAACAUGCCAACCACACCCAACAAUUGUGAAGAAAUAAAUUAAAUUGAAGUCACAGAAAGACCACACGCAAACAUAUCAAAAUCCUUAUUAAAUCUAUUUUAUCAAUAAAAGUAUAAUAUAUUCCACUGAACGUCAUAUCAUAUUCACUAAUUAAGGGUUCUUCAAUAUUGUGUCUCUUAUGUAUUGCAGUUAAUUGAUGUUAUUGUAAAAUUUAAAAUUACUGUUUUAAUGAGAUUUAAAUACAAUUCGUC